AUCCCCUCCCUCCUCCCAACAUGGAUACCCAUAAGCCUCAACCCUCAGCUGAGGUUAGCCAGGACCCAGUCUCACUGGAUGCAAAGCAGAUUCGAGACUCGGAAGAUGAAAACCAGCAGGAUGGUGUUCGAGUGGCCGAAGCCGUCACCAAGACCUGGUCUAGGACGUAUCUCGUUAUAGCAUAUGUUAGUAUGUGGCUAGUGUAUUUCAUCAACUAUCUCAACAGCAGUUUGACCGCGAACCUGGGGGCCUACAUUACCAGUGACUUCUCGGAGCACUCGCUGCUGUCCGUUAUUGCAGUCGUCACCAGCGUCAUGGGCGCCGCCUGUUUGAUGCCUAUCGCCAAGGUCUUGAACUUGUGGGAUCGUAUAACCGGGUUCAUAAUCAUGCUCAUCAUUGCCAUCAUGGGCUUGAUCAUGAUGGCUGGCUGCAAUAACAUUGCGACGUACUGUGCCGCUCAGGCAUUCUACACCGUUGGCUUUACCGGAGCGAUUUUCUGUAUCGACGUGAUGACCUCAGACACUUCUUCACUGCGCGAUCGAGGUAUCGCUUUUGCCGUCACCUCCUCUCCCGGCAUGAUCACUGCCUUUGCUGGCUCGCCUCUGUCGAACCAGUUCCACGAGACGAACUGGCGCUGGGCCUACGGAACCAUUUGCAUCGUUCUUCCCGUGGUCGCGGCACCCUUGAUCACAGUGUGGCAAUUGACCAAACGCAAGGCGGAUAAGGAGGGUCGACUCGAGUACAAGCCUCGCAGCACACGAACUUGGUUUGAGAGCAUUUGGUUCUACGUUGUCGAAUUCGACGUCAUCGGCAUCUUCCUCAUGAUCGGCGGCACCAUCCUCUUCCUCACCUCCUUCAACAUCGCCGGCAACACCGAAAACCAAUGGCGAUCGCCCAAGAUCAUCGCCAUGAUGGUCGUCGGAUUCUGCGUCCUCGUGGCCUUCGUGGUCUACGAGCGCUGGCUCGCUCCGAAGCCCUUCAUCCCAUACUACCUCCUCACCGACCGUACCGUCAUCGGCGCCUGCCUGAUCGACGUCGCCUAUCAGAUCUCCUACGCCUGCUGGGCCAACUACUUCACCUCCUACCUGCAAGUUGUCUACAACACCAGCCUCACCCAGGCCGGCUACAUCUCCGCCAUCUUCGACUUCAUGGAUCCCAUCUGGCUGAUCGCCUGCGGCUUCUGCAUUCGCUACACCGGCCGCUUCAAGUGGCUCCUUUGGAUCGCCGUGCCCCUGUACAUCCUCGCCAGCGGCCUCAUGAUCUACUUCCGCGCCCCCGGCCACAACGUCGGAUACAUGUGCAUGUGUCAGAUCUUCCUCGCCGUCGGAGGAGGCACGCUGAUUCUCAUCGAGCAAGUCUCUGUGCUCGCGGCGGCGUCCCACGAGGACUACGCCGCCAUGCUGGCGCUGCUCAGCACCUUCGGCAACAUCGGCGGCGCCGUGGGUAGUAGUAUCUCCGGCGCUAUCUGGACCAAUACCCUCCCUGUCAAGCUGCGGCAGUAUCUCCCCUCCGAGCUGACGGACCAGUGGAAGACCAUCUACGAGGACUUGGAGGAGCAGCUGAAAUAUCCGGUCGGAUCGGCGGCUCGCACGGCCAUUCAGAACUCGUAUGCGUUCGCCCAGCGGAACAUGAUGAUUGCCGGGACGGCGAUCAUGGCGGUUUCCAUCGUGGCGGUGGCCAUGAUGCGGAAUAUCAAGGUGCAGAAUAAUAAGGAUUUGAAUAAGGUGUUGUUUUAGGUUGAUCGAGGUCUUCGGUGUGGAUGGGGGGAUGGCAGCUAG